AUGAGUGUCAGCACAUCGGUUGUGGCAAACGAUUCUGUGAUGGUUCUUCUCUCGGGCGGCACCAGAAAGUACACAACAAAAAGCGAACGUAUAGAUGCGCCCUCGAUGGCUGCUCUGAGAGGUUUCGGGGAAAGGCUACUAUGGUCAAGUAUCAACGGGGAUUGCACAGGCAAGGCAUGA